AUCUUUCAGAGCGGCUAUCUUUCUGGAGAGGACACCUACAGGUUACAGCCACGGGGAGCUCGCUCAGUCAUCUCGAAGCAGCUCGGCGCGAAGGUUGAAGCCCACAGAGAAAGCGAAGCUUCUCUGUCCAAAUUCAGUUUCGCGGCGAUGGCCUCUCAGCUUUCGAGUCUAUGCCUACCCAAUUCUCCUUCCCUCCCCUUCAACUUCUCUCUCUGCCGAACCAGGCCCUCCCUCGCUCCUCAUGCCGCCCUGCCGUCUCUGUCCUCUUCCUCUCCCUCUCCCUCCUUUCAGAUAGUUGGUGGGAGAGAUUCAGGUUGGCAUGGAACUGGGGUUGCUCAGUUCGGCGGUGGAGAAGAAGCGGAUUGGUGGGAUGUGGAUGCUGAUCUUUAUCACUGGACCAAAGGUUUGCGUACUGUUCAGUGGUAUCCCGGUCAUAUUGCGAAGACGGAGAAAGAACUUAAAGAGCAGUUGAAGUUGAUGGAUGUUGUUAUAGAAGUCCGAGACGCCAGAAUUCCUUUGUCCACAAGCCAUCCGCAGAUGGACUCAUGGCUUGGCACUAGGAAAAGAAUUUUAGUGCUGAAUCGAGAAGACAUGAUCUCCAAGGCAGACCGGAAUGCUUGGGCAACUUAUUUUUCUAAACAAGGAAUAAAAGUCGUCUUUUCAAACGGACAGCACGGAAUGGGGACUAUGAAGCUAGGCCGAUUAGCAAAAACACUGGCAGCAGAUGUAAAUGUCAAGCGCCGGGCAAAAGGUUUACUUCCUCGAGCAGUUCGAGCUGGAAUUGUUGGUUAUCCAAAUGUCGGAAAAUCUUCUUUGAUUAAUCGUCUGUUGAAGCGACGCAUGUGUCCGGCAGCUCCCAGACCUGGUGUUACAAUAGAAUUAAAAUGGGUACGCUUUGGGAAAGACCUCGAGUUGUUAGACUCCCCUGGAAUAAUCCCUAUGAGAAUUAGUGAUCAGGUAGCUGCCAUAAAGCUUGCCAUUUGUGAUGACAUUGGAGAGAGAUCCUACAAUGUUGCUGAUGUUGCUGCAAUUCUUGUACAAAUGCUAACAAGGCUUCCCGCAGUUGGCGCAGGGGUCCUUCAGAACCGCUACAAGAUCGACGUGGAUGGUCAUUGUGGUGACAUAUUCGUCCAGAAGCUUGCUCUCCACUUGUUCAAUGGGGACAUUCAUCAAGCCGCAUUCCGCAUCUUGUCAGACUUCCGCAAGGGAAAGUUUGGUUGGAUCGCAUUGGAAAGACCUCCUCGUUAGUUCGUAAUGAAACACAGGUCUCUUAAACCUUUUCUUGUGGGGCAUGUCUACCAAAUGCCACACUUCAAGAAGAGAGCCUAGAAAACCCCCAAUGCUCUCAUUCAGAGAACUCGUAAAUUAGUAGCAGAUGAGAAGAUACAUUGUGAUCCAGGCCUGAAAACUGGGGGGAACCAUGAGUAGAAAGUGCCGUGUUCGAGAUGUUUGGUCAUUCAAACUGAGAAAUCCCUGAUUUCUCCUCCUUGCAAAAGUUCAAGGAUUCAAGACGAGCAAAAUGGGGGGGACUGCAUUGAAACCUUAUGUCAAAGUCUGUAAUGCAAGCAUGUAUAGAAAUGAUCAAAGCAUUUUUCUCGCCCUGAAGAGAUGGUAAGUAUGUGUCGAAGCGCAUAAACUCGAGGUAUUUUGUGAAUUGCACAAGUUGAAGCUUCUGUUGUAAAGUUGGACAGAAGUAUCUGAUACUUUGCACUUUCCACCCUCUCAUUUUGCUCAACUAUUGUGACUCAGAUUUAGUUCUAAAACCAAAUUUGCAAGGUUGUAAUAUGUGGAUCUAGUUGUUCCUUUGAAAAGGCUAUAUGGUUGCCUUGGAGA